AUGGAAACUACAACAUUUGAUUAUGACUACGAUAAUUCCAGUGCUGAACCGGUCACACCAUGUAGCAGGGACGGUGACAACAACCUGGGAGCUCAGCUGUCCGUCCUCUACUACUUCAUGUUCGUCUUCAGUCUCUUAGGCAACGGACUGCUCCUGGUCAUCAUCCAUCGGUUUGAGAAGCUGACCACUGUGACCAACAUCUUGCUGCUGAACCUGGUCUUGUCCUCCGUGAUCUUCAUGAGCAGCCUUCCCUUCUUGGGUGUCUACAUGCAGCUUUCCACCUGGAUCUUUGGCAAAGUUAUGUGCAAGAUUGUUGGUAGUGUCUACUACCUGGGUUUCUACAGCUCCGUCCUCUUCCUCGCUCUUCUGACCUUCGACCGACACCUUGCAGUUGUGUACUCCUUAAGGAUGUCACAUGUGAGGAACCGAAGCUACGCUGUGAUCUCCUGUGGUGUGGUUUGGCUGGUCAGCGGCUUGGCGUGCAUCAGGCCCAUGAUUCUUCACACCACUUUUGUGUAUAUUGACAACAAAACCUACUGUGAUGAGUUUCCAGGUGACCUUCUUAAUAUUAAUGUUAGUCAGCUGAGAACCUCUGGAUUUUACCUUCAGCUUUUCCUUUUCUUGAUCUUCCCUCUGGUUGUGAUUAUCUACUGCUAUGUUAGGAUUGCAAUCACUGUCAUGUCAUCCAAGAUAGUUACCAAGUUCAAGACAGUCAGGCUGAUUUUUGUCAUCGUACUGUUGUUUUUCAUUUGUUGGAUCCCUUUUAACGUUGUAACACUGAUGCACGAUGAAGCUACUAGCUGUGAGGAACAACAGAAGCUGGGCUAUGCGCUUCAAAUGACUCGUAACAAUGCCUACAUUUACUUUUGCAUCAGUCCCAUCUUCUACACAUUUGUAGGGAAAAAAUUCCAGAACUACUUCAGACAGCUGCUGGUUAAACGCUUCCCAAGCUUAAAGCGCUACAUUUCUGUCAGUCAAUACAGCAGAACCAACAUGUCGACAAAAAGUACACCGAAUGAGAUGUAGGGUUGGGAAGCUUUUACAAACAACUGGAGAAGUUUACUUUAAGGUAGACAUCACUGAAAUCUGUGCACGGUUUAGUGAACACUCUGGUUGGAUUAAUUGUGGCCAAUCCAUAAUACUGAAUGAACGUGCUAUACAACAAUUUCAUGAGGUAAACUUUAGCUUCCCAAGAUCUAAUGACGAGGGAGUUUUGCAGAGGAAAAAAGAUCCUGUGGACCAAGGGCCUUGAGCUGCACCGUCUAGAUCAGAGGCCACAAAAACAAGACAAAAUAUAUAUA